AGGACAACGUGACAUACUUACUUCAUUGAAGUUGCACUUUGAGAAGAGACAAGAGGCCGCAGUAGAGGCCGCAAGGGAUGAAGGCAUUGAAUUAGUGUUUGAUGAUGAAUGAAUAUGGAGAACUUUUAUUGCGGGCGAUUUUCGGACCUUCUGCAAUUGUGCUCAAUCCAUGCAACAUCGUGUCAUAUCUAUUCUCGCUGAUUGGGUGUCUUCCAUCGAGAUAUCCGAUAAAGGCUGUGAGGGAGGGCUUGGGAAGCCAAUUGAAGUUGUGUUUGGGGAUAAAUGGAUACAUCUGUGAGUACAUGAGUACCAAAACACCUUAUCCCUCGAAACUGCCGGCUAAGCCACGCCCGGACUUCCCCUCCCAUUAGUGUGCAUAAUUGGUCUCAGAGACAUCACAUAGAACCUAUUCCCUAAACUGCUCAAUGCGUACACAGUACCUGGUUCGCUAUGCAUUAUUGUCGUCCCUUCAUGAUUUGAAGUCAUUUUUGGUACACUCAUACC